GUAACAAAGUCGGCCAUGGUCGGGGAAACACUUCCGAACAGGGUCGUGGUAGAGGACCCGUUUCCUUGGGUGUUCAUGUGGUCAAAGUUCAAGAAAUUCCUGGAGUUUCAACUCCAAACAUAAACCGUGCAUCUAUGCCCAUGCUAUCUGACACUCAGUGGAACAAUUUUUUAAGCAUGCUAAAUGAUAGUACAAGGUCCUGUAAAACUGAAAAACUCACAGGACCACAAUUUGAGGACGCUGAUUGGAGUGGGUGAACGACGUAGUGGUGUCUACUACUUUGUUGGUACAAAUUUAAUUCGGGCUCUAAGUGCAACAACUUUGGAUUUGUAUCAUCUGUGGCACCAACGACAGGGUCAUGCUUCAUCUAAAGUUAUUCGUUUGUUACCUGUUUUUCAUAAUGAAAAAGGCAAAUGUGCCAUCGAAAAUAAAAUUUGUGAUGCUUGUAUGCGUGCCAAACAAGCUCGCAAUGUUUUUCCUUU